AUAUUGUCAUGUCAUUAGAAGAUACACAAAUAACAUAACAUUUCUUUAAAAAGGCCUUCCUAUUUUGUUUGGUACUUUGUACUAUACUUGCUUAGAUUCUGUGUAAAGUGCAAUUUGGAAAUGGUUGGCUACAACAUGAAUGGGCCAGCGAGAGAUCAUGUUAUGAAAUUAAUUCAAGAAAAGGAUAGAAUUGAAAGCGAAAUUCGCGAUGAAAACUCAGUCCUGGCGGCAAAUAAUGUUGGAAUGGAAGAUUCUCUAGUCGAUAUGGAGGGGUUUCCUCGCAAUGAUAUUGAUGUAUACAAAGUAAGACACGCUAGACAUAGAAUAAUUUGUUUGCAAAAUGAUCACAAAAGUAUCAUGAAACAAAUAGAGCGAGGUCUAUGUGAAGUCCAUUCUCAGUUUGUUUCUAAUGGUGAAGGCGCAUCAAAUUCAAGGAACCAUAAUGGACAUACAAAUCAUGUUGACGGCCCAAGCAUAAAUGGAAACUUGAUGGAAAAUCCUAAUAGUUUUGCUACAGUGGGCUUCGUCCAAGAAGGUUCACCGGCUGAUCUGGGGGGUCUAUGCGAAAAUGACAAACUGCUCCAAUUUGGUUCUAUUAACUCAAGCAACUUCGUAGACAUCACUCAGCUACACAACAUUGUGACACACUCAGUUGGCCAGCCUAUACAAGUUCGGGUCAGACGAGACAGACAUGUGCUCAAUGUUACUGUUGUUCCUCGGCCAUGGGCACAACCAGGAUUACUCGGCUGCCAAAUAAUAAGACAAAAUGCAUCAUGAACGCUACUUGAAAGACAAAGCUGGCUGUAUUUAAUUAAAGAUUAAAUAUGAAAAUGAAAGAUUUAAAUAAAAUAUUGAAUGUU